AUGGCCGUGCGCAGCAGGUCGAUCAAGGAAUACCUGCGCAACGUCUACCAGCCUGGCGAGCGCGCCCUCAUCCAGAAAAUCGACUUUUUCAUCCUGACAUUUUGCUGCUUGAGUUAUUUUGUCAAUUACCUCGAUCGCAGCAACCUGAACAAUGCCUACGUCUCCGGCAUGAAGGACGACUUGGGCUUCGUCGGCGACCAGCUCACGCAAAUCAAUACCUGCUUCACCGUUGGCUACGUCGUCGGGCAGAUCCCCUCCAAUCUGUCACUGCACUACGUCAAGCCGCGCAUCUGGUUCCCGCUCAUGAUGGUCCUUUGGGGCGCCCUCACCAUGGUCACCGCCGCCGCCCGCAGCCCGCACGCCGUCAUGGCCGUCCGCUUCUUCCAGGGCGUCUGCGAGGCCUCCACCUUUGUCGGCACCCACUACGUCCUCGGCGCGUGGUACACGGAGCGCGAGCUCGGCAAGCGCAGCGGCGUCUUCACCGCCUCCGGCCUCGCCGGCACCAUGAUCGGCGGCUUCAUCCAGACGGGGCUCAACCGCGGGCUCGACGGCCGCCGAGGGCUGGCCGGCUGGCGCUGGCUGUUCAUCGUCGACGGGCUCAUCACCAUACCCGUGGCCCUGUACGGCUUCGUCUUCUUCCCGGACACCCCGCGCACCACCACGGCAUUUUACCUCUCCGAGGAGGAGAGGCGGCUUGCUCGGUCGCGCGUGCCGGAGGACGAGGGGGAGAAGCAGUCCCCGCUGACGCUCGCGUUCGUCAAGAGGGUCCUGACGUCGUGGUACUGGUGGGGGUUCGUCAUGCUCUGGGUGAUUGCGGGCGAGACCGAGUCGUUUAGCAGCAACGCGCUGCUGGCGCUGUACAUGCAGAAGCACCCGGUCAAUAAGUACUCGAGGGCGCAGCUCAACGACUACCCGACCGGCGUGCCGGCUGUGGGCAUCGUGUCGACGCUCUUCUGGGCCACGCUGACGGACUUUCUCGGCGGUAAGCGCUACCUCGUCGGCUACUGGAUCGGCGUCACGGGCAUCGCCACCUCAAUCAUGAUCCUGGUCGCGGCUACCAACCCGACCAGCUCCUCGUCCACUGCGGUCGUGUUUGCCGCGUACUACUGGGCCGGGUCUGUGUACGCGUGCCAGGCGACCUUUUUCGCCUGGUGCAAUGAUGCCAUGCGAUAUGAGCCGUCCGUCUUCCGAGGCGUGGUCCUGGCCGGGAUGAACCUAGGAAACAAUGCUGUAAAUGCGUGGUGGAUACUCAUCUUUUACGGUGCCUCACGAGCGCCGUGGUUCAUUCGUGGCAUAAUUGCAUGA